CUUCGACACACGACUUUGCCCGUCAUCAGGUGUCCAAGCAGCAGCUUUCCCAUUUCCAUUCCUCCCCCGUCUCCCCCAUUCUCCCCAUCCUAAACUUCAACAUGGUUUCCCAAUCCGUAAACAAGACCAACCUCCACCCUUCUGGUGUUCUCCCCAGCAAAGGACACACCGAGAUUGAAGAGGCACUCCACGACAAGGCACACAUUGACUAUGAUCGUGUGGCCAUUAUUGCCAACCCUUCAGUCGCUGCUCUCUACGAAGAUGCCCUGGUAUACGAGACCGGUUCCGCCAUCACAGCAUCAGGCGCUCUCUCGGCAUACUCAGGAGCCAAGACUGGCCGCUCACCCUCGGAUAAGCGCAUCGUCGAGGAAGACUCGUCAAAAAAGGAUGUCUGGUGGGGCCCUGUCAACAAGCCAAUGAAGACUGACGUCUGGCGCAUCAACCGUGAGCGUGCCAUCGACUACCUCAACACCCGCAACCGCAUCUACGUUGUCGACGGUUUCGCCGGCUGGGAUGAGCGCUACAGGAUACGCGUCCGCGUCGUCUGCGCUCGUGCCUACCAUGCUCUCUUCAUGCGCAACAUGUUGAUCCGCCCUUCGCGGGAAGAGCUUGAGCACUUCGAGCCCGACUACACCAUCUACAAUGCCGGUGCCUUCCCUGCCAACAGGUAUACUAGCGGUAUGACCUCUUCGACUUCCGUUGCCCUCAACUUUGCCGACAAGGAGAUGGUCAUCCUCGGUACCGAGUACGCCGGAGAGAUGAAGAAGGGUAUCUUCACUGUCCUCUACUACGAGAUGCCCGUCAAGCACAACGUCCUCACUCUGCACUCCUCUGCCAACGAGGGUCAGGAUGGCGACGUUACCGUUUUCUUCGGUCUGUCCGGAACUGGAAAGACGACCCUCUCUGCCGACCCCAAGCGUGCCUUGAUCGGUGACGACGAGCACUGCUGGUCUGACACUGGUAUCUUCAACAUUGAGGGUGGUUGCUACGCCAAGUGCAUUGGUCUCUCCGCCGAGAAGGAGCCUGAUAUUUUCGGUGCCAUCCGCUUCGGCUCCAUCCUCGAGAACGUUGUCUUCGACCCCGUCACCCGUGUUGUUGACUACGACGACGACACCCUGACCGAGAACACCCGCUGCGCCUACCCCAUCGAGUACAUUGAGAACACCAAGAUCCCCUGCAUCUCCAACCAGCACCCCAAGAACAUUAUCCUCCUUACGUGCGAUGCCCGUGGUGUCCUUCCUCCAAUCUCCAAGCUGACCCCCGAACAAACAAUGUACCACUUCAUCUCCGGCUACACCUCCAAAAUGGCCGGUACCGAGCAAGGCAUCACCGAGCCCCAAGCCACCUUCUCCACCUGCUUCGCCCAACCCUUCCUUGCCCUUCACCCCAUGCGCUACGCCAAGAUGCUCGCCGAGAAGAUCCAACAACACAACGCCAACGCCUGGCUCCUCAACACCGGCUGGGUCGGCGCUGGUGCCACGACGGGCGGCAAGCGCUGCAGCCUCCGCUUCACCCGCGCCAUCCUCGACGCCAUCCACAACGGCGAGCUCGCCAACGCCGAGUACGAAAACUACGAGGUCUUCAACCUCCAGGUCCCCAAGAAGUGCUCGGGCGUCCCAGACGACCUGCUCAACCCCCGCAACAGCUGGAACGGCACCGCCAGCCUCCAGGACGAGGUGGAGAAGCUCGGCAGGCUCUUCAUGGAGAACUUUAAGAAGUACGAGGACGAGGCUACCAAGGAGGUUAUUGAGAGUGGUCCACAUGUAUGCUGCUGCCCCAAGCACUAAGCUGAGUUUUUCUCAUGCUUUUAAUUGUCCCUUGAAUUUCUUCUUGAUUUUCUUACGACUUUGUUUUACAGAUUGUCUAGCGAAUCCCCCUUUUUGUCCUUUUUGUUUGUUUUCUUCCUGUUAGGACGAUAGAUGGGGUCUCUUGUUUACCGUAUCUUAUCUCUUUUUUUUUUUGGUUUGGUUUGGGUUUGGAUAUUGGAUUGGAUUGGGAUUGAUGGGGAAGGAGGGAAGGGGAAAACAAAAAUACCAGCAUAAAGGUGUGCGAUGUGCGAGGCAGAUGAAAAGAUGAUGAAGUAAUGGAUUAGCUAUGAGCCAUUUUUUCUUCCAUCUUUCUUUCUUCUUAGUAGGUCAAUCGGGAUAUAUGGUCGGGAUAUGUGGGAUGGAGAAAAUCUAUCAUGAUUAAAGUU